AUGGCGUCUAGACCAGGUUUUCUCACGGACUGGCCAUGGACUCCUCUUGGAAGCUUUAAGUACUUGCUGUUAGCGCCGCUGGUUAUCGACAGCAUAUACUCAUAUGCAACCAUGAGAGAUCACGAGAAACUUUUGAUAGUGGCCAUGACAGUGUGGAGGAUUGUUCAUAGCCAAGUAUGGAUAAGUUUAUCCCGGUACCAAACUGCAAAAGGAACCAAGCGAAUCUUGAACAAGUCCAUAGAGUUUGACCAAGUCGACCGUGAACGAACUUGGGACGAUCAGGUCAUCUUCAACUCUCUCAUUGUUUACUUAACCAAAGUGUACGUCUUAGGGACCAAUACCCUUCCCUUCUGGCGAACCGAUGGACUGAUCUUAGUCGCUCUUCUCCAUGCUGGUCCGGUCGAGUUCAUAUACUACUGGUUUCACCGAGCCCUUCACCACCACUUCCUCUACUCUCGCUACCAUUCUCACCACCAUUCAUCCAUUGUCACCGAGCCGAUCACUUCGGUGGUACAUCCGUUUGCAGAGCAUAUCGGAUAUACGUUAAUCUUGGGGAUACCUCUAAUAACGACUUUGCUGUGUGGGACGAUCUCGGUCGUCUCCAUUAUCGUAUACAUAACUUACGUAGAUUUUAUGAACAAUAUGGGUCACUGCAACUUCGAGCUCAUUCCAAGAUUCCUCUUCUCUCUUUUACCUCCUCUCAAGUUCCUCUGCUACACUCCCUCGUUUCACUCGCUCCACCAUACGCAAUUCAGGACGAACUACUCUCUAUUCAUGCCAAUGUACGACUACAUCUAUGGGACAACCGACGAGUGCAGUGACUCAUUGUACGAGACAUCGUUGGAGAAAGAAGAAGAUAAGCCUGACGCGAUUCAUCUGACACAUCUAACAUCAGUCGACUCUAUAUAUCAUCUCCGUCUAGGCUUCGCUUCCUUCUCCUCGCACCCGCUCUCUUCCCGGUUUUACCUAUUCCUCAUGAAGCCCUUCACUCUUAUCCUCUCCUUCAUCCUCACUUCCUUCUCUUCUCGAACAUUUGUCUUCGAGAGAAACCGCUUCCGUGAUCUCACGCUUCACACCCACCUUCUUCCCAAGUUCUCCUCUCAUUACAUGUCACCGCAGCAGAAAGAAUAUAUCAACAAAAUGAUAGAGUCGGCUAUUCUUGAAGCGGAGAAGAAGGGUGUGAAAGUAAUGAGUUUGGGGCUAUUGAACCAGGGAGAAGAGUUAAAUGGGUAUGGAGAAAUGUACGUAAGGAAGCAUCCAAAGCUAAAGAUAAAGAUCGUGGACGGAAACAGUCUUGCAGCUAAGGUGGUGCUUCAUAGCAUUCCUGUUGGGACCAAAGAGGUUCUCUUUAGAGGCCAAAUCACAAAAGUUGCUCGUGCCAUUGUCUUUUCUCUUUGCCAAAAUGCCAUCAAGGUGAUGGUGUUACGCAAGGAAGAGCAUUCCAUGCUGGCCGAAUUCUUGGACGAUAGUUGUAAGGAAAAUCUGGUGCUCACAACAAAUUACUAUCCAAUGAUUUGGUUGGUAGGAGAUGGGCUAAGCACAAAAGAGCAGAAGAUGGCAAAAGAAGGAACUCUCUUUCUUCCUUUCUCUCAAUUUCCUCCUACCAACCUACGCAAAGACUGUGUUUACCAUACCACUCCGGCUAUGAUCAUCCCUCACUCUGCCCAAAACAUUGAUUCUUGUGAGAAUUGGCUGGAGAGGAGAGUGAUGAGUGCAUGGAGAGUUGGUGGGAUAGUACACUCGCUUGAAGGGUGGGAGGAACACGAGUGCGGUCUUGACAAUUCAAUCCUUAACUCUCAUAGGGUUUGGGAAGCUGCUCUUCUAAAUGGUUUCCAACCUCUACCUCUGCCAUCUUUUGAGACCUAAUUGUUUAAUUUUCAUUCUAAUUGGCAAUAGUUUUUUAAGUACUGUAGCUUUUGAUAAUCCAUUAAACCAAU